AAAAACACACACACACAAUCCCUUGAAGUGUGAGAGUAUAAGAAUUUCUUGUCAUUGAAGGUACCCUUCAUUUGUUGCUUGACACUCAAUCAAACACCCCAUCAUUUUCUGAAGCCCUAAUCGCCACACCCUUUUGCUCCCUCCGCCACCCACAUGGGUCGCGAAACGCAGCUGAUUCUAGCCCCACCUACCACCACCACCACCACCACUGUGGAACCCCAACCUCCGCCGCCACCACCACCACUGGCAGCUCCUUCUGCAUCAGCUUCAGCUGCUGCUGUUGCUGCUCCUCCUACCUCUCUUGCUCCUGGGUUCAGGUUCCACCCUACUGAUGAGGAGCUUGUUAUCUAUUACCUCAAGCGCAAGGUUUGUGGGAAAAACUUUAGAUUCGAUGCCAUAUCUGAGGUUGACAUCUACAAGAGUGAACCCUGGGACCUUGCGGAUAAGUCUAGGUUGAAGACCAGGGACCAGGAAUGGUACUUUUUCAGUGCCUUGGACAAGAAGUAUGGGAAUGGUGGCAGAAUGAACCGGGCCACGAGCCAAGGGUACUGGAAAGCAACUGGGAAUGAUCGCCCGGUGAGGCAUGGUCAGAGGACUGUGGGGUUGAAGAAGACUUUGGUGUUUCAUAGUGGCAGGGCACCGGAUGGUAAGAGGACAAAUUGGGUCAUGCAUGAGUACAGGAUUGUGGAGGAAGAGUUGGAGAGGGUUGGGACUGGAUCCUCUCAGCCUCAGGAUGCAUAUGUCUUGUGUAGAGUAUUUCACAAAAAUAACAUAGGACCACCAAAUGGGCAACGGUAUGCACCCUUCAUUGAGGAAGAGUGGGAUGAUGAUGCAUCGGGAUUGGUUCCUGGGGUAGAGCCUGUGGGUGACGGUUCUGUUGCUCGCCAUGCACGUGUUGAAGGCAAUGGUGUUUCAUGCAGUGAAGGGAGAAAUGAUGUUGUGCAGGACACUCAAUCUAUCAAUAAAGCUCCAUUUGAUGUGACCAACCUUCCCAUUGAAACUCAAAAUCUUAUAGCUGUGUGCAAGAGGGCGAAGAUGGAUGAGUUCCCAUCACCAGAAAAAGACGAUUCUAAGCAGAUGCAAAUGGAUGAGUACCCAUCCUCCCAAACUGAUAAUCCAAAACCCUUCUCUCAAAUUUACAAAAGAAGGCGCUAUAACUUGAACUCCAACCAUUCUCAUGCUUCUGGAGAUUCAGUCCAAACCAACCAGGGUCCAUGCUCAUCCACCAUAACCACCGCUGCAACCACACUCCCAACAACAACCACCACCGAAGCAGCCACCAACCCUGCACCGAAAAAACAUUUCCUGUCUGCACUGGUGGAGUAUUCUCUGCUAGAAUCUCUUGAAUCAAAGGAAAGUCCUGUCUCGAUUAAGCCAGAGGAUUUGGAUGCAGCACAUCCGACUUGCACUAAGUUCCUCAAACAGAUGCAGAGUGAGAUGCAGAAGCUCAGUGUUGAAAAGGAGACUAUGAGGUUCGAGUUAAUGAGUACUCAAACCAUGAUUAAAAUUCUCCAGUCUCGCAAUGACGUGCUCACCAAAGAAAAUGAGGAGCUGAAGAGGAUGAUGGGAAAUCCUUAGGCAAUGGCAGUGCCAUGCCCCUUGUGUGUAACAUCAGUUAUGGUUAAAGUUAUAGCUGAGUAAUGGUGCUCAGUCCCGGAUAUCUAGUAGUUUUUUUCUGAGUAAACAUUGUAGUUCUUUUCUUUAGCUAGACUUGUCAAUUGCAUGCAUAUUUAAAAACUUGUCAUUCUGUAGCUUAUGACUUCAAAUUUCCCAUUGUUGAAAAUGACCAUUGUAGGUGUA